AUGGAUUUCUCGAGUCCUAACCCUUAUUUGGUUGAUAGACCACCAAACAUUCCUCAUACGUUCAAACCUGGAUUUGAUUCAAAUUUCGAUCAUAAGAAUAAAUUUAAAAAAAGAACUAAAAAUAAAUCCGGUAGGAGAGAUUUGAAAGAAUAUAACUUAAAUGAUUUUGAAAAUCAUUUAUCUGCAAAGUUAAAGAAUUGGUGGAAUAAUAAAUAUACUCCUUCACAAACGGAUGUGAAUUCUUCGAGAUCCGUGAUGCAUUCUUCAAAUUCAUAUUAUUCCAAUGAUACAAAAUAUGAUAAUACUCAGGAAAAUACUUUAAUUAGAACAGAUUCUAGUCAGUCGAAGGAAAAUAAAUUAUACACAGCUGUUGAUGUGCAUAGAAAUUUAUCUUGGAAAAAUUAUAGACAAAAAAAUUUCAUAGAUUCUAAAAGCAAACAACGAAAGAAUCAACAGCAACAGCAACAGAAACAGAAACAGCAACAGCAACAGCAACAGCAACAGCAACAGCAACAGCAACAACAACAGCAACAACAACAGCAACAACAACUAAAGGAUAAAGAAUUACAGUAUGAUAGUGAUACAAAUACCUUUUUAACGGUUAAUAAUAAUAUUCAAGAAUGCUCAAAUUAUCCAUAUCUGUCUCAAAAAAAUUUAGAAAAUGCUCCAACUAAAACUUCAAUUCAAAUGAGUGAAAAAAAAGAAAUUGAGAAUGAUAAAAAAUUGGAAUCUAAAAUUUAUCAAGAUUGCGUUAAUCUUGAAUAUUCUAAUUUAAAUGAUUCAAAUGAAAAUAAUUAUUCAUUUACAAAACUUUUUGAAUUGAAAAAUAAAAAAAUUUAUUUACAUCAAAUUAGAAAAAAAAUUGUAAAUUUAUCAAUAAAAAAAAGAGGUGGAAAAAAUUNNNGAAAUAAAUUAGUUAAUGAUUUGAAAAAUUGGUAUGAAAAUUUUAUUAUUAAUGAUUAUGAUUGUAAAAAAUUAAUUUUUGAUUUAAAACUUUUAUUUGAAAAUGAUUUAAAUUAUGAAUCAAAUAUUUCUGAUAUUUUGAAGAAAAUUAAUUUACAAUUAAACUUCAUUGAUAAAAGAGAAUUUGAAAUUUUAAACCAAAAAAAACAAUUAAUUAAAGCAAAUAAAAAAUUAGAAACUAUCAAGGGGAAAUCUUUUGAAAAUUCUAAAAAUAAAGAAAAAAAUACUCAAAUUCGAAAUAAUUCAAUUUUAAAUGAUGAAAAGACUUUUUAUGAAGAAAAUGUUCAAAAUAUUAAAAAUAAUUUAAUUCAGUUGAAAAAAGACUUUCAAAAAUCAAUUAUUAUCGAUGCUAGAUCCAUUUUCCAAGAUUUUUCAAUUGAAAUGUAUGAAAAUUCGAAACAAAUUAAAGCUAAUUCUAUACAAUUUUUAACUGAUUCAAUGAACAUAUUGAUAAACUAUGAUGAAAAACUUUGUGAAAAAGAACUGAUUAAAUUAAGAUUAAAAAGAGAAGAUUUAAAAAAAAAUCGUGAAUCGAAAUUUGAAAAACAAAUUCCAUUAAUUAAAGAUGAUUCUCUUUUAGUUAAAGUUUAUAGGAAUUUACCUGAAAAAUAUUUACAACAUUAUGAAAAGUUUAUUAAUUCAGAAAAAGAAAUUGAAAAAAGAAUAAAUGAAAAUGCAAUUAAAAAUGAUAAAUUUGUGGAUAACUAUAUUAAAGAAACUUGUGGAAUUCAAAAAGACGCAAUUUUUACAAAUCAAUUUUUUAAAGAAAAUGAAAUAUCAAAAGCAAAUUAUAAAUUAAUUUUGAUGGAUAAUAUACCAGACUUGAGUAAUAAUUUAGUUUCAAUGCCAGAUAUUUCAAAAAUAAAUAAUAUUCCAGAUCCAAUAACAAAUAUUCCUAAACCAAUAGGUAAUUUACAUAGUGAUAAUAAUCAUAAUCGGACUGAAGAUGCUCAAAUAUGCAAUGAAGAUUCAAAUCCAAAAUACCAUAAUCCAAAAACAAAUCCAUAUUCAGCUUCAAGUAAUAAGACGAAUAUUGAAAAAUCUGCUACAUGUGUCAACAAUACCAAUAAUAUUGAAAAACAAUAUGAAAAUAGAAAGGGUAUAGAAACAAAACUGGAAAAACAAAAUAUUAAGGAACAUAAUUGUUUGCCAACUAUUAUUCAUGAAUCAAACUCAAGUAAAAAUUUAAUCCUAACACAACCUUUUGGUGCAUUUAACAUUAGCCCUUUACAAGAUAAUGAAGUAGCCAUUUGGGGCGAUAAGCCAUCUCAAGAGUGGGAUCUCAACAUAACAAAUAUUUGCAAAACCAAAAAAGAUUUUAUUCAAAGUGAUAGUAUCAAUAGAAGUACUAGUCUAACCAAAACAAAUGUUAAAGUUAUAAAAGAUAAAGAAAAUACUAUUAAUAUGGACAGACACAAAGACUCUACUGCUGAUAUUAAGAAAAUUGAAACCAGUACAAUAGUAGAAAGUAAAAACAAUGAACAAGAAUAUGACAAAAAUACAAAAGUUCAAAUAGAAAAUGAAAAAUUGGACGAAAUUAAUACUAGUAGUACUGAUAUUAAAAUUGAAGGUCAAAAAAAUCAGAAUGGAGAAAUCCUUCAAGACUAUAAAAAUAACGAGAAUACGAGGAUGAAUUGUGGAGGAAAGAAUGGAGGAAAGAAUGGAGGCAGGAAUGGGGGAAAAAAUGGAUGGAAGAAUGGAGGAAAAAAUGGAGGAAAGAUUGGAGUGAAAAAUAGAAAUAAAAAUGACUCAGCCAAUACUAGAUUCAAAAAUAUUAAAACUACAGUUGAUUCUAAUAUGGAGAAAUCUUCAACAGAACUUUCAAAAGAAGGAGAUGAGUUAAAAAUUGAUCAAAAUAACAGUAUACAGCAUGCAACUGAGCACUCGAUAGAAACAAAACCCAAUCAGAAUAAGAACUUACAACAAACCAAUAUGUAUAGCUGUUUAGAAGAAGAAUCCGAUAGCUCUGAAGGAGAAAAUCCAGAAGAUGAAAAUACCAAACCAAGUGAUGCUGAAAAACCUAAAGUGAUAUCUAACAACAUUACAUGCGAGCAUUCUACUCAAAACAAUUCUGGGAAUCCAAAUCCGUAUGCAUUACCUAAUAAUUCUCUCAAUGAUAGCCAUGGAAUGCUAGAAGAUAGUGCCAAACUUGGAAAAAAUAAUUGGAAUGAAAAUGAAGAUAGUACUAAUUGGAAUAUCAAUUUGGGAAUUGAGGAAGAUACUAUAAAUUAUUAG